GGAGGCCUACCUACUGUAAAACUAUCCGAGUGCAUAUGCCUCUGUCUGGUACAGAAGGUCUGCAGAAGCUUUCAAUCGAGUAGACUCUCCAAAUCCGACGACAUCAAAAACCCCUCUCACGAGUCUCGGUAAAACCCUAAGUUAUACUCGUUGCUCUCCGAUGGCGAGCCUUCGAUGCCUCCGCGAGCUAAGCCGCCGCGCCACGACGGCGGCUCACUCGAUCAACCAAACGCGCCUGUUCUCUUCAUUUCAUCGAUUAGAGCUUCCAGGAACCAGCAGCAUUACUCAUGGGAUCCCAUCUCAGAAUCGAUCUCUCGCUAGGGAUCUCCCAUUGUAUUGUCGCUCCCAAGGUCGACAUUUCUCUUCGAAAACAAACGACACUGAUGAAAGCAGCGACGGUGAUGAUGAUGAGGAGGACUACGAGGAUUCGGGGGAGAUGGAAGUAGUAGAAAGGGAGUAUUCACCGGCGGAGAAAGUAGAGGCGGCGGCGGAGAUAGGGUACAAGGUGAUGGGUCCUCUCAAACCUUCGGAGAGAUUGUUCAAACCCUAUGAGCCUGUGUUUGCCGUUGUUCAGAUUGGUUCGCAUCAGUUCAAAGUAAGCAACGGAGACUCCAUUUUCACUGAGAAGUUGAAGUUCUGUGACAUCAAUGAUAAGUUGGUACUGACCAAGGUGCUUCUAAUGGGCUCGGCAAGCCAGACGAUUAUUGGGAGGCCUAUCUUGCCUGAUGCCACUGUUCAUGCUGUUGUGGAAGAGCAUGCACUGGAUGAAAAAGUGCUCAUUUUCAAAAAGAAACGAAGGAAGAAUUACAGAAGAACCACAGGACAUCGACAGGAAUUAACAAAGUUGAGAAUAACCGACAUACAAGGAAUUGAGAAACCAGAACCGAAGAUUGUCCAUAAGCCUUCCAAGGCAGCGGCUGAUAAAGAGCAAUCAGAGGCUGAGCUAGUUGCUUAGAGAGAAGAAUUGCUACUUUUUUUGUUGUUGCUGAUGCCAAUUCUUUGAAAGUGAGUUCACGUUUCUUGGUAGUUAGUGGUAACUACUAGGCUUCUAAGAUAUGAACGUGGUUUGCCUUUAGCUACCUCGUUUCUACUGGAACUGGCUCAGUUUUUCCUUGAUACGGUUUGUUUUUUUUUGUUUCAGAAGAAUUCACAAAUAAAGAUUAGCGGAAACAGUGGUUGCACUA